UCUCAACUGUAAAGGUUCAACCAUUUUUUGUUUACAUCUUAGUGUCUGUGGCUCCAUAAUUAAUUGUAGCUAUCUGUCUCCUAUCGAUGUGCCGUAAAGAACAUGAAAUAGUUGUUUUUUAUUAGCAGAGUUGCAGGCGUAAGAGAUUGAGACACAACUGUGCUGCUGCUUGUUGUCAUUUUACCUUGCGUGUGAUGUUGGAUAUGGGAGAACGGAAAGAAGUGAAAAUGAUUCCUAAAUCAUCGUUCAGUAUAAACAGUCUGGUGCCUGAAGCCGUCCAAAGUGACAACCACCACAGAACCGUCCACGAGGAAGAGAAGAUUCCUUUACCUACCCCGGUGCAGGACCCAAAGUCGGAGAACAUUUGCACCAAAAUCGAAAAUUCGUCCAAUGAAACGACUUGCACUGACGAGAAGGAAAAACAGGAAGAGAAGAAGGAUAGCAAAGAGGGGGAGAGCGGUGGGAAAGAUGGUGAAAAGAAAAACGGCAAGUACGAGAAACCACCAUUUAGCUAUAAUGCUUUAAUUAUGAUGGCUAUUCGGCAGAGUCCGGAGAAACGACUAACUCUGAACGGUAUUUACGAGUUCAUUAUGAAGAAUUUCCCCUAUUACCGGGAGAACAAGCAGGGUUGGCAGAAUUCCAUCAGGCAUAACCUCAGCCUAAACAAAUGUUUCGUUAAAGUCCCGCGGCACUAUGAUGACCCGGGUAAGGGGAACUACUGGAUGCUUGACCCCUCGAGUGACGAUGUGUUUAUCGGUGGGACAACCGGCAAACUUCGUAGGAGAUCGACCACAUCCAGGGCAAAGUUGGCUUUUAAGCGAGGCGCUCGCCUUACUUCCACGGGGUUGACCUUUAUGGAUAGAGCCGGCUCUCUAUAUUGGCCAAUGUCACCGUUUCUUUCGCUUCACCAUCCGAGGGCCAGCAGCGCGUUGAGCUACAAUGGGACAUCGUCGCCAUACCCUAGUCAUCCUAUGUCCUACAGUACAAUGUUGACUCAAAACAGUUUGGGGAACAACCAUUCUUUCCCUUCUUCCAAUGGCCUGAGUGUUGACAGACUUGUGAAUGGAGACAUUCCCUAUGCCACUCAUCACCUAACGGCGGCGGCGUUGGCGGCCUCUGUGCCAUGUGGUCUAUCGGUGCCCUGCUCCGGGACUUACUCUUUAAACCCAUGUUCGUCCAUAAACCUCCUUGCAGGACAGACAAGUUACUUUUUCCCCCAUGUCCCGCAUCCAUCAAUGACCUCCCAGAGCAGCGCUUCGAUGGCGGCCAGGGUUGCCUCCUCCUCCUCCCCGCAGGCGCCCUCAUCUCUUCCCUGUGAGUCCUUAAGGUCUUCUCUACCAAGUUUCUCUUCUGGACUUUCUGGAGGACUUUCUGAUUACUUCACACAUCAUAAUCAAGGGUCAACUUCAAAUCCACUUAUACACUAACAAAACAUCCCACGGGAGCAAGACUUCUGAAUGUCACGCAGCUAGGAGUGGUGGGUGCGGAGUCAGGCGCAGAGAGCCGAGGAUUCAUAGGACACCGACUUUAUUUCGGAAAACGGGUAAGUGGUCAACGCCAACACAACAGGCGAACAAAAUAUGACCGACCCAAAACAGGACACCAAAACAGUCCGAGAACAUACUACAAACAACCAACCACAGACAAACAGAAAACAAGCCCGCACAAAAGCAGGCGGGCCUGCCCGGCUUAAACAGCCCUUCAACAAAUCU